AUGGAUUAUUUAAAUAUACGUUCGGUUACUGAUUCAAAAAAAUUUUUUACAGAUUAUUCCAUUUUUCAUCCAGAUUCCUAUAUUACAAAUAAACGAAAAUCUCAUUCUACAUAUAAUGAUUUAUAUCAGCAGAAAUCCAAUAAAUUGAUUGAUUUUCAACAUAGUCCAACUGAAUAUAAUUUGAAUACAAUUCAUACUACUACUACUACUACAACUACUACUAAUAAUAAUAACAGUAAUACAAUCUCAUCUUAUCCUGUCUCUUCUUGUACUCAUAACACAAUUCAUACUGAUCACCAUCAUCCUGCUCCUCAUCCUCAUCAUUUUCGUUCGUACAGUACUACACCAUUAUCAAUCAAAAUACAUCCAUCCGACAAGAAGCCAUCAGUUCAUUCUUAUGAAAUCAAUAAUAAUUCCACUAGUGAUAUCUGUUCAACCAGUUCAUCAUUAUCUGAUCAUAACACGACGAACGGUAUCCAUUGUUCAUUAUCACUGAAUGAUAAUGGUGUUAAACGAGAAAUUGGCGCUUCUAUGAAACAUCGUACUCUACCGCUGGUACCACCACAUCAACGUGAACACCAACAUCAACCACCACAACACCAUCAUGGUUCACAUGAAACACUCACCACAUCACAAUUAACUACACCGACUGUAACAUGGCGUAUAAAAGAUGCUAAAGAAUUAUAUUAUGAUAAGAAAUUGCUGCGAUUAAUUGAACAAUUACCAAAAGAGAAACAAAAUUCCAUUGGCCUGAUUUUAUUAGCAAUGGAUGUGAAAUUCUUUUUAUUAAUUCAUUCGAAUUUAAUGAAUAAAUCUGAGAACCGUUAUGCUACUUCUUAUACUACACAUUUUAAUAAUUAUCAUGACAUGGAUAUAUUUUCGGGUGGAUUAGAAUAUCGUUUACGUGAAGCAUUACAGUUGGUGCAACCAAAGAAUAAAAUUUUGAAUAAUGAAUCGAUGACGGAUCAACAAUGUGUUGUGAAUACUAGCAACAGUAGCAACAGUGGUGGAGAUUUGAAUAAAACUUAUUUGAAUAAAAUUAUUGAUGUUCGAAGUAGAAAACAUGUCAAUGACUCCAAUAAGGCAUCAAUGAAUUUCACCAAAGAAUCUUUUAAUAAAGAAGAAGAUGGUCGUGAAUCUGGAAUCGAUCCAGACACUUUGGAUGAAACAUCAACAUCAAUGAUUGGCAAUUCAUUAAGUUUAAAUGAUAUGAAAUAUGCUGCGACAAAUGGAUUUAAUUCUACUACUUCGGCAAAUACUACUGAAAUAACUAAACCAAAUGUAAUCACCAUAUUGAGACGUUUAGCAAGAUAUUUAGCAUUACGUAUAGCCAAUAAACGACAUAGUUUGGCUACAGCUAAUCAACAUGUUGCAAGAAAUGCAAUUGAAGAAAAACUUUUACGUUCCCGAUUAAGUGAAUUACAAACAAGCACUGAUUAUAAUACCACAGAACAUCUAUACAGUCGAACGAGUUGGAAUUCACUGAAUUCAUUGGAAAUCAAUCGUGGCACAUUGGUGAAUCGAUUCGAUCGUUUGCAUAAUAAUACCAUUGCUGUAAUCCAGUUGUUAUGUCAAUUAGCUAGACGUUUAGCUAUCCUGGAUAGUCAAUUGUAUUAUUUAAAUAAAGAGAAAUUUUAUGACAAUGUCAUAUUGUUGAAUAGAAAUCCGACAAUCAAUCGUGAUCAACAUGAUUUCUCAUCAUCGUAUAAUGAUGAUGAUGGUGUGAGACCAGCGACGGCGACAUCAGCGAUAUCAUUUCUAACUGAUCGAACACUGUUCCCACCGAAUCGAUUAGUUCAUCAUUCUAAUUAUUAUGUAAAUAGUAAUCGCAAUAAUAAUAGUAAUUAUGAAUUGUCACAAAUAGUUGAACAACAAAAACAAUUAGUCAUACAAAUUAAAGAAGCACAAUUAUUAAGAGCGGAAUUAGAAACAUGUCGACGUCGUCUGUUGGAAAGUAUACCGGGAAAUUUAAAAUGUGAUUCAACACACACUAUGAUUGGUAAAUUAGGCAGAGAUUUUAAUGAUGAUACACCGACCAAUACUAGUACUCCUACUAUGAAUGGUAAUAAUAAUAAUAACAAUCAUUGUACAACAGAUUUUAAAUUACCGCCAAACACAGAUAAACAAAUGGAACAACAAUUAUUGAACAAUAAUGAUCCAUUGAAAAAAUCAUCCAAUAAAAUCAACAAUAAUUAUGAAUUGAAUGAUAAACAAUUCAUAGAUUGUCAACAAACUGUGAAAACAACAUCACAAUUUCUUAGACAACGUGUUACUGAACAUUUAAUUGAAUUUUUAAAUUGGUUCGUUUUAUCACAAAUAUUUGAAACUGAAAUCAAAGUAGAUCAAGAUUUAUGGGAAAGUAUACAAGAUGAAUUACGCUUUGAAUUAUCCUAUUAGUGAAUGUGUGUGUGCGCGGGUGUGUGUGUGUGUAGAUUGGGAAAGAACGAUCAAACACAAUCAACACCUCUUGAAAUUUGUGUACAAAAAUCAUGAAAAUCAUUGAACAGUCAGUCAAUCAAUUAGGCACUUCUUAAAAACACACAAAAGAAUUAAUGAAAUUAAAUUAAAAUUAUUUAUAAUUAUUUUAUUUUUGUGAUAAAUAAAUUCUUCGGAAAAAAAUAUAUUUAUAUAUCAUUGUUUAUUUUUUUUUUUUAAUAAAGUUGAAAAAACAAAAUCAUCAAAUUAUCAUAAAAUUCCAUGAAAAAAAUAAUAAAAUAAAAUAAAAUAAAAAUUUAUUUUUCCCCUUUUUCCUGUUGUUGUAAUUAUUUAUUAUUAUUAUUAUUAUUAUUACUUCGUGGAAUGCACCUUUUGUUUGGUGUGUGUGUGUGAGUGACUGUGUGCAUCUUCUGAUUUUGUACGUUCGUUCUCCUUGUGUAUUAUUUAUUCAGUGACAAAAAAACAAACCAAUCCCAACAAGUACAUAGUUUGUGACUCUUUUUUUUUUUAGAAAGCUCUUUGUAUUAAUCCUCUCCAUGAUUACAUAAUCCGUAACAGAUAGAU